AUGACGGUGGCUGCGGCUCAGCAGCGGUCGGCGUCGUUCCACGGGCGCGGGACCGAGCAGCGGCACCACCAGCCGCAGAAGCAAAGGCCCAAGAUGCUGCCUGACCUGCUCGCCGGCGUCAGCGCAGCGAGCUUCAAUUCCGGGUCCCCGCCCCCGGACUGUGGUGACACGGGGAGGAGUCCGAGGAGGACGCCGAGCAAGGUUCUGGUGAGCGUGGCGGUGCAGCAGAGCAUGUGGCCGCUGCACGUCAUGGCGUCCGCCGAGUGGACCGUGGCCGACCUGGUGGCCGCCGCCGCACCUAGCAGAGCGCUAUCAGUCAGAGUGCAGUCAGAGUGCACUUUGCUUUCCAACAUCAAAAGGGAAAAAGAUACGAAGACGAGACGGGAGAGGAAAGGGAGACAGCGCAUCCUCAGAUUCACAGACAAAUCAGAAACAUCAUCCGAUCCACGCAUGCAUGCAAUUGCAUCUGACCAAUACACACAGACUAGCUUGUGUGCCGUGUGCGAGCGGAGGCGGAACUCGGAUGGAAGGAACGCUUGCGGGUUCCGGAGGUUCCGGCUGGGACGCGCGCGCACGGAAGCACAACCACCACUCAGAUCUGUCUAUAAAAGGCAGGCGAGCCCCCUUGGGUUGGCCUCCCACGCACACACACAAGCACACGCAGGCAACCCCGACCCAACAACCGUCGUCUGUCCUCGCGUAAUUAAGGAGCUGGCGGCGUCUUCCACUUCUGGAGCUGGACCAGUGCGCGGCGCCACCGCCGGAGAGGGCGACGAGAUAGGCAUCGACCCGCCGGAGACUCCGGAGCAGCGCAACAAGUUCCUGGUCCUCCGCCUGUACGAGGCGCUCAACGCCCGGGACCACGCCGCCGUGCAGUCGCUGCUCGCGCCCGACCUCGAGUGGUGGUUCCAUGGCCCGCCCAAGCACCAGCACAUGAUGCGCCUCCUCACCGGCGGCAGCGGCAGCGGCAGCGGCUUCCGCUUCGUCCCGCGCUCCGUGGACGCGCUCGGCGCCUCCACCAGCAGCAGCACCGUCAUCGCCGAGGGGCAGGAGGGGCGCUGCUACUGGGUGCACGCCUGGACCGUGGGCCCCGAUGGGGUGAUCACCCAGCUCCGCGAGUACUUCAACACCGACCUCACCGUCACCCGCCUCGCCGCCGUCGCCGCCUCCGCAUCCGCCAAGUGCGUGUGGCAGAGCCGCCGCCCCGACAGCGCCACCAACUCGCUGCCGGGCCUCCUCCUCGCCCUCGCCCUCUGA